AUGUCGUCCGAGUCAACGGUAGGCAAGACCAUCGUCUGCAAGGCGGCCAUCGCCUGGGGUGCCGGCCAGCCCCUCAGCUACGAAGACGUCGAGGUCGCGCCUCCCAAGGCUCACGAAGUGCGCAUCAAGAUCUACUACACCGGCGUGUGCCACACCGACGCCUACACCCUCUCGGGCAAGGACCCGGAGGGCGCCUUUCCCGUGAUUCUGGGCCACGAGGGCGCGGGCAUCGUGGAGUCGGUCGGCGAGGGCGUGACCAACGUCAAGCCGGGCGAUCACGUCAUCGCGCUGUACACACCCGAGUGCCGCGAGUGCAAGUUCUGCAAGAGCGGCAAGACCAACCUGUGCGGCAAGAUCCGCGCGACCCAGGGGAAGGGACUGAUGCCCGAUGGGACGACCCGUUUCCGGGCCCGUGGCCAGGAUAUCCUGCAUUUCAUGGGCUGCUCGACUUUCAGCCAGUAUACCGUUGUUGCCGAUAUCUCGGUCGUCGCGGUGCAGCCGAAUGCCCCCAUGGACCGGACCUGCCUGCUGGGCUGCGGUAUUACCACGGGUUAUGGUGCGGCUACCAUUACGGCUAAGGUUGAGAAGGGCAGCAAUGUUGCGGUGUUUGGUGUUGGGUGCGUCGGUCUCAGCGUGAUCCAGGGUGCCGUGAAGAAUGGGGCGGGCCGCAUCAUCGCGGUCGACGUGAACCCGGCGAAGGAGGAGUGGGCUCGCAAGUUUGGUGCGACCGACUUCGUUAACCCGAACCAGCUGCCUGAGGGCAAAACCAUUGUCGACCAGCUGAUUGAGAUGACUGACGGUGGUUGCGACUACACUUUCGACUGCACUGGCAACGUCAAUGUCAUGCGUGCUGCGCUCGAAUCGUGCCAUAAGGGCUGGGGCGAGAGCAUCAUUAUCGGUGUCGCUGCUGCCGGUCAGGAGAUCUCAACGAGGCCAUUCCAGCUCGUCACCGGUCGUGUCUGGAAGGGCAGUGCGUUCGGCGGCGUCAAGGGCCGCACUCAGCUGCCCGGCCUGGUGCAGGAUUACCUUGAUGGCAAGCUCAAGGUCGAUGAGUUCAUCACUCACCGCAUGACUCUCGAGAAGAUCAACGACGCCUUCGAGGUCAUGAAGUCGGGCGAGUGCAUCCGUGCUGUCCUCACCAUGCAGGAUAACUAA